CCCGCAGCCCAGCCCCAGCCAUGGCCCUGAGCGAGUGGGCGCUGGUCCGCCUGCUGCUGGACGGCCGCCACUCCCGGAGGCUCAUCCUGUUCAUCGUGUUCCUCGCGCUGCUCCUGGACAACAUGCUGCUCACCGUCGUGGUCCCCAUCAUCCCGAGCUACUUGUACAGCCUCGAGCACGAGCAGAACGCAACUGAAGUGCCCACUGCCCGGCCGGCGCCCACGGCCUCCCCCUCGGACGGCUUCCGGAGCAUCUUCUCCUACUACGACAACUCCACCGUGGCCACCGGGAGCACCACCGGGGCCCUCCGGGGGCGGCCGCUGCCCACGGCCGGCACGCAGCCCACGGCCACCAACGCGUCCGCGGGCCCCUCCGAGUGUCCCAGCGCUGACAGGGACCUCCUGAACGAGAACGUGCAGGUCGGCCUGCUCUUCGCCUCCAAGGCCACGGUCCAGCUCAUCACCAACCCGUUCAUAGGGCUGCUGACCAACAGAAUCGGCUACCCGAUUCCGAUGUUUGUGGGAUUCUGCAUCAUGUUCAUCUCCACCAUCUUGUUCGCCUUCUCCAGGAGCUACGCCCUCCUGCUGAUCGCCAGGUCCCUGCAGGGCGUCGGCUCCUCCUGCUCCUCGGUGGCUGGGAUGGGCAUGCUGGCCAGCGUGUACAUGGAUGACGAGGAGCGAGGCCACGCCAUGGGGAUCGCCCUGGGCGGCCUGGCCAUGGGGGUCUUAGUGGGCCCCCCCUUCGGCAGCGUGCUCUACGAGUUCGUGGGGAAGACGGCCCCGUUCCUGGUGCUGGCCGCCCUGGUGCUCCUGGACGGAGCCAUCCAGCUCUGCGUGCUCCAGCCGAACCGGGUGCAGCCGGAGAGCCAGAAGGGAACGCCGCUGACCACGCUGCUGAAGGACCCCUACAUCCUCAUCGCCGCAGGGUCCAUCUGCUUUGCAAACAUGGCCAUCGCCAUGCUGGAGCCGUCCCUGCCCAUCUGGAUGAUGGAGACCAUGUGUUCCCACAAGUGGCAGCUGGGCGUCGCCUUUUUGCCAGCGAGCAUCUCUUAUCUCAUUGGAACCAAUAUCUUCGGGAUACUCGCACACAAGAUCGGGAGGUGGCUCUGCGCCCUGCUGGGGAUGAUCAUUGUGGGGGUCAGCGUUUUAUGGCUUCCUUUUGCCCAAAGCAUUUAUGGACUCAUCGCCCCCAACUUCGGAGUUGGCUUUGCAAUUGGCAUGGUGGACUCCUCCAUGAUGCCCAUCAUGGGCUACCUGGUGGACCUGCGGCACGUGUCCGUCUACGGGAGUGUGUACGCCAUUGCAGACGUGGCCUUCUGUAUGGGAUACGCGAUAGGUCCUUCCGCUGGCGGGGCUAUCGCGAAGGCAAUUGGAUUUCCGUGGCUCAUGAGAAUUAUUGGAGUAGUUAAUAUUCUUUUUGCUCCUCUCUGCUUUCUUCUUCGAAGUCCACCUGCCACGGAAGAGAAAAUGGCUAUUCUCAUGGAUCACAACAGCACGGUUAAGACAAAAAUGUACACUCAGAACAAUGUCCAGGCGUAUCCGCUGGGUGAUGAAGAAUCUGAAAGUGACUGAGACCCUCAGAAGUCACCAGAGCAUUUCGUCGUGUGAAGCAGUGUUCCCCGUGCAGUGACUCGUACAGAACCGUGUUAGUCGCCCCGCACGCCCCCGGUGAAGCCUUAGAACCAGAGGUCACCCUUUCUUUCCCGUGGGUAUGGUCGAUUGCCAAGAGCCUUAUAAAGAAAAAGCAGCUUUUCUAGGGGUUUGUAUAAAGUGUUGAAAACUUUAUUUUAUGUAUUUGAUUUUAUUAAAUAUUAUACAAUAUAUUUUGACGAAAUAGAUAUAGUGUAAAUCUAUAAAUAUUCGAAUCCAAAUCAGAUAUAAUUUUUUAACUUACAUUCACGAACACUUGGGCCAAAAGAAAAACCAAAACACCCCAAAAUCACCUUAUAUUUUUUCUGAAUAUUGGUAAUCAUUGUUUAAAACUAAAGUACACGUUAUCUCCGAGACACUUCCGACAAUAAGACACCAGGAGGAAGUCUGAACAACAAUCAAGUAAGACAACGUUUGGUUAUGUAGUGACGCCUAGAGUUAUUCAACCUGUUGUUAUCAAUGUAUGUAUGAGUUAAAAGCUAGUUAUCUCCAACGCAGAGGACAAGAACUGGAGGCAGUUACCGUUUGGAUUUGUUGGUAAAACUUAGCUGGCACUAGUUAUCUAUAUGUAAUCGCCUACCUGGAAACAGCUGGUUGUAAAUUACAUGUUGACAUGUCAUGUGGUUGGCAGCGAACAUUGAAGCCAAUGAGGGGGAAAAUAGCGAAUGUUCUGAAAGCAGAGAAAAGCAUCUAAACGAACAAGUGGACGCUUCCCCUUAAGAUAAAUGGUUAUCUUGAUGAAGGAACAUUGAGGGUAGAUUACGCAACUGUCAAGGUUGUGUAAGUAUGGCAAGACAUAUCAACCUCUAGUUCAAGGUUAGGAAAUAAAGGAGAAAAGCUAAUAGCUGCUAUGACAUGAACAAAAAAAUCAGACUAUAUCAUCUUUGACCUGUUUUGGAGGUCGUCCAAGUGUUUUAAUUUUGAGUUGUCUGAAACUAUUCUUUUCUAGACUUUUGAAAGUGGGUCACAUCAAUGUGAAAAAUUUUAAAUGAAGAUGAAUGAAAUGAUGUCUUGAAUCAUGUUACAAAACCAGGUA